AUGCCACAUCCUGCACACACCUCUCACGCGGCACGGCGUGACUCGUCACACCACGGCCACAGUGGUAGCCACACGGACAUUGCGACCACCAUCGACGACAUCAUAUCGAAUCUAAGCGAGAUAGCCAUCGAGGAACAGACUGAGCCCAAUGGAAAUGCGAGAUACGUGCUGGGCGACAGAAACCGUGACGACGAUGAAGAUGAUGACUACGUAUGGGAAAACAAGCCGACCGUGAAACCAUUUGAUGGAGACCUCAGACGUCAGUAUCUGGCGUACAUCCACAAGAUCAAUACCAGCCCAUGUGGCGCGGGAGAUCUCGCCGACUUCGUCAAAGACGGCGUGGUCCACAACGACUCUGCGCCAAUGCCAGUUGAUGAGUACGCGAGGCUCAUAAGUGACAGCAAAAGGGACCUCCCGGAGUUGCACUUUGAGGUGGAAACGCUCGUUGUGGAGAAGAAUCAAAGUAGCAGCCUGAGCAGCACUACUACCACUUCUACAGCCACCAGCAGCACGACCACCACUGGCACUCCCGGGAAGGAUGGCAGUAGGACACAGAAAUACGAUGGCUCGAUCGCGGCCAGGCUCAAGUUGACCUACAAGCCGACACCAGCGACACAAGACACGUUUUACGAGCAUGUCUUCUACGCCCUUGAACAAGGCAAGAUCUCCAGAGUCUGGAGUCUGCUGGACGGAGCAGGAUUGAAGUGGAAGGAGAAGAGGGACCAAGAGGUCGCGCGAAUAGGGAAGAUUGAAUGA